AUGUAUGACACUGAACAGAGCAGGCUCUUCAACUUAACCGACAAAGGUUACAAGGACAAUAAGCAGCACGAGCCUGAGGAUGCUAUUGUGGACCGUGGAGACCAAGUGAAGAGUAAACGACUUAUAAGGAAGAGGAACGUGUCUCCUUUGAAUGUUACCAAGAGAGGACUUACUAGAUUUCACUCGAUAAAAGCAGAAACUUCUAGGAGCGCUUGUGGUACCGAAUCGGGAUACUCUGUUAUCCUAUCUAAUCGGGAAACACAACACAACAGAUGGUUGGAGAAGCUACUUCAAUCAAUUCAACCUGUUGCAGUUCUUGUGGGUGAUGCAUCAUCUGACUGGACAGAUACAGCCGCUCAUGCGGUGGUUACUAUUGAGACAGGUGCUCAUGAGACGCUUUCUGCAUAA